ACAGUAGUACUAAAACCCUAAUAAGACCCUGACUCUCCUUCAUGUUCCUCUUCUUACCAUUUCUGUUAUAGUUUAUUUUUCUUUGCGGUACCGUCAAUUUCUACUCUUCCUCUCUCAACUGAAACAAGUACCCCUCGAAAAGACUAAUACUUAGGUGAAAUGUUGUAAACUCGUGCUUGGGUUCGAUGGCACUGCACCUGCAGAGGAUGUUUGGGACCAGAUACUUGUUGACAUCUUCAUAUAUUUGUCGAAUGGCCCUCACAUCAUCUUGCAGGGGAUUGCAAUAUAAUCCAGUAUUUUCCAUACCAUUUUCAUCAAUUUGUGGAAAUCAUGCAAAUAUCCGCUAUAAAUUUAGAAAACCCGGGGAGAAAAGCAACAGUGUCUCAGAUCAAUCCAAGAAUUUGCAGCUUAAAAUUGAGAAAGAUCCUCACCCUGUCAGAAGUAUCACCGAUCGGCAUCAUUCGGGUCGCGCUGCCAACUCAAUUCUCCAGUUUCAAAACUCUGAAAGUAACAUGAAGCAAAAGAAAACCAGCCCAUUGAAUGCCUUUGAUGGUGAGGUGAAAGCUCGGAUCAGUUUACUUUCAGGGGAAGGUGGGUUAAGCAGGUUGAACUCAAAACCUGAAGCACAGGAGCUGGCUCAGUUGAAUAGUGGUCCUGGUACUUCUGAACGUGUGGUUGCCAACCCGAAAACGAGGAAGAAAGUUUCAAAGACCAGUAAAGCUAUUACCCAACCCAUGGAAGCCUCUGAAACUGAUGUCCAGGUCAAUGUAGACAGUAUGAAUGGAAGCAAAGUUCUUAGUUCUUCAGGCAAGAAGAGUGUAAAAUCUGUGACUGAAAGUGUCUCCAAGAAUGGAACUGAUGUCUCUAGUGUAGAAGCAUUGCCCAACAAGAAACGGCAAUCGGGGAGGAAGAAGUCCAAUCUCCAACUUGGUAGUGUCAAUAACCAAUCCAGUGUAAUCGAUGGGGGCAAUAUAAAGAAAACUUCACAAGGAAAAAAAGCUGUAGUUGAGAAAAAUGCAGUAUUUGAUGCCCCUGCUUCAUCAGAAACCACAGCUUCAAAAGCUCAAUCAUCUAAGAAAAAGAUAGAAAAUCCAGUUGUCAAGAAAAACCAGAAGAAAGAGGUCCCUGUUCGUAAAAUUUCAGGCCAAAAGAAUUCCGUACACGAACAGUUAAGUUCAACAGCCACUCAGUUAGAAGAUACCCCUUCAAUUGAUUAUCCUUUAUGUGAGAGAACACAAAAGUCAACUUCUAAGGAUGGCACUAAGCAUCACAAGAGAAAUUUUGUGUCCUUUUAUCCUCCUACUGAUAAAUCUGUCCUUGUGGUGGAGUCAGUCACAAAAGCAAAGACCAUACAAAAUUACCUUGGGGAUAUGUUUGAAGUCUUGCCAAGCCACGGUCACGUAAGAGACUUGGCUGGCAGAUCUGGAUCUGUUCGACCUGAAGAUGACUUUAGUAUGGUGUGGGAGGUUCCCUCGUCAGCAUGGACGCAUAUUAAGAGCAUUAAGGUAGCGCUAAAUGGGGCGAGGAAUCUCAUCCUUGCAUCGGAUCCUGAUCGUGAAGGAGAGGCAAUUGCGUGGCAUAUUGCUGAAAUGUUGCAACAGCAAGAUGCAUUACAUUCUAACCUCAGAGUCGCAAGAGUUGUCUUUCACGAAAUAACUGAGUCAUCCAUCAAGAGGGCCUUGCAGAAUCCUAGAGACAUAAGCAUGGAUCUUGUGAAUGCUUAUCUGGCACGCCGUUCUCUUGAUUAUUUGAUUGGAUUUAGCAUUUCACCACUCUUAUGGAGGAAACUUCCUGGUUGCCAGUCAGCUGGGCGUGUUCAAUCUGCAGCUCUUGCCCUCAUAUGUGACAGAGAAACUGAAAUUGAAGAUUUUAAAGCUCGGGAGUAUUGGACCAUUCAAGCUGAAUCUCGAAGUGGGGUCUUGGGUAACUCAUCAUUUUCUGCUCAGCCAACCCUUGUUGAUUCUACAAAGGUCGAUAAGUUUCUAGUUAAUUCUCAAAUGGAGGCUGAAAGAAUUGCUGAAAAGAUUAGAUCCUCAAGUUUUGAAGUGGUGGAUGUUAAAAGAAGCCAAUAUUCUAGAAGCCCUCCAGUGCCAUAUAUAACAUCAACUCUUCAGCAGGAUGCUUCCAAUAAAUUGAGAUUCAGUGCUUCUUAUACUAUGAAGCUUGCUCAGAAGCUGUAUGAGGGGGUUAAGUUAUCAGACAAGGAAGCAACUGGACUUAUAACAUAUAUGCGAACUGAUGGUCUACAUGUUUCGGCUGAAGCUGUCCAGCAUAUACGUUCAUUGGUAGUAGAGAGGUAUGGACAAGAUUUUGUAUCAAAAAGCACUCAAAAGAACUACAAGAAGGUGAAGAAUGCCCAAGAGGCCCAUGAAGCUAUCAGGCCCACUGACAUUCUAUGUUUACCAUCAAAGCUGCUAGGGGUUCUUGACGAGGAUUCACAUAAGCUGUACACUCUUAUUUGGUGCCAAACAAUGGCAUGCCAAAUGGAACCAACAAUUUUUGAUAGGGUACAAGUUGAUCUCAAAAGUAUGGGAGGAGACACUGUACUUCGAUCCAGCAGUUCUAAAGUUGCUUUGCUUGGACAUAAAGUUGUUUAUAAGGACAGUGAAGCUGCAGAUAUUGGGCAUGAUGAGGAUGAAGGGAAAACUAGGAAUGAAGAUUUUGAACUUCUUUCUGUGCUCAAGCCAGGGGAUUUGGUGCAAAUUGCUAAUGUCGAGACCACACAACACUUCACAGAAGCACCCCCAAGAUAUUCUGAAGGAUCCUUGGUUAAAAAAUUGGAGGAACUUGGGAUUGGAAGACCUUCUACAUAUGCAUCUAUAUUGAAAGUGUUGCAGGACAGAAAUUAUGUUACAAUAAAAAGCCGUCGGAUGUUUCCGGAGUUCCGUGGGCGUAUGGUUUCAGCUUUCCUAUGUCACUACUUCUCGGAGGUCACUGAUUACAGUUUCACAGCUGAUAUGGAAACUGAGUUGGAUAAUGUCUCUGCCGGCCUGACUGAAUGGAGGGGCCUUCUUAAAGAUUAUUGGACUCGUUUCAGCUCUUAUUGUGACCGUGUUGGAAAUGUAACUGUUCAUCAGGUGGAGAGAAUGAUGGAGGAAACAUUUGAGAAUAUAUUGUUCUCUUCCCUUCCUGAUAAUAACAGGACCUGUCCCAGUUGUUUUGCUGGCCGGUUGAUCUUUAAAGUAAGCAAGCAUGGGGCGGGCUAUUUUAUCGGUUGUGAUCAACAUCCAAAAUGCUCGUACAUUGCUAGAAUGAUAUUCAGUGAAGAGGAUGACGGUCUUGAAAAUGAGAAACCAGAUGAGUGCUACAAGCCAAAAGUGCUUGGUUUUACCCCUCAUUCUAAUGAAAAGAUAUUGUUGAAGGACGGUCCUUAUGGCUUCUACAUCCAGUUGGGUGAGGAUAGGACGGGUUAUAGACCGAAAAGGGCCAGUUUGAGCCAGUUUAAGGAUGUCGAGUCCAUCACCUUGGAGGAUGCUCUUGAGUUGCUAAAAUACCCUGUGACUUUGGGUGAUCAUCCCAAAGAUAAUUAUCCAGUUGUUCUGAGAAUCUCAAAGUUUGGAUUCGCUAUUAGGCACCGACAUAACAUUGUACCAGUACCCAAGAAUGUGGAGCCUCAGACAAUUACUAUGGAUAUGGCUAUUAAGUAUUUAUCGAGUAAAAAUGUGAAGUAUAUCGGCCGACCCAGAGGCAUUACGAAGAGCAAGAGCCAGCAAGCCCUGGAGGAUGUCUUCUGACUCGUGGGUCGGAUUGGAAAACCCCGUGUUCACAGUUUUGCCGAGUUCACAUUUUUGCCGAUGUAUAAUUCCAUAUUUUUGUAUUCAUUGAUCACAGGUUUGCCAUAUCUCUCUCUAAAGGCGGGUUACAACUGAUCCUUCCUCUUCGCUUUUCUUCCAUUUCUGAUUUUAUUCGGAUGAUUUUUAGUAAUUAAGAGUUGUAUAUAACAUCAUUUUGAUGGUGAAGAAAUGUUAUUGUUUCUUUAUUUAUCUAAAGAAGAAAAAGGAAAUGUUCCUUUAUCUUGGCA